GCUCAGGGCCCGGCCGGGCCGGCGCCCCGCGUUACCUGCGCGCCGCUGCUCCGCAAAAUGGAAGCGGGCCGUGCCGUGCCGAGCCGAGCGGGGACAGCAGAGAGGCAGCCCGUGUGCCCCGGCCGCGCCAUCCCCUCCCCAGAGUCCCUGCCGCGGGCCAGCCGGGUGCAGGGGCCCCCGGGGCUCGGCUGCCGCUGCUCCCCGGCGCUGCCGUAGGGGCUCCCUCAGGCGCCCUCCCAAGUGGCUGACCCGCCUGCAGUCGGCUGCUCUUAGUGACAUAAACAUUAAAUGGAAGCAAAUUGGUGAUUGCCUCUUCAAGACUUGGAGCAGUUGUGGAAUUGGAGGAAAUGAAAACUCUUUGUUGGAUCUGGAGGAAAACACUGCUUUGGGGAAAAGAGGAGGAGUGUACAGAUUCAUUUUGAGGAUGGAUAAAGGCACAACUGCUAAAUCAUCAUCUGCUAUGUUCACCUCAAAUGCUGCUAAAGGAUGGAUGACGAGGAGAGAUGGAGCAUUACAAGCUGCAAAAUGGAAUGCUUCUUUAGCUUCUAAAAUCAAAACUAAAUUAAUAAAUAACUCAUCUAUGUUUAAAGUAUCUUUGCAACAAAAUAACAAAGCAUUAGCUGUGGCAUUGAGUGUUGAAAAAGAAAAUUCUCGCAAGCUAAAGAAUGAGAAGAUUUUUCUUCAGAAGGAAGUCGAAAAACUGCAGCUUCAUAAUAUCUCACUUCGUCAAAAACUAACCUGUUUGAAUAAAACUCUUGUUGGAAUAGAUGCAUUUUUGAAUGAAAACCUCUUAACUGCAAUAGAAAUAAGCAGUCCUUCUGAGGAUCUCCAGAGUUCCUUUCCCCUGUCAGCUGGCCCAAGCAGCCCUACUGGUGACAAGUUUAGGAGUGCACAUCGGUCAGCUCGAUCUGUACAAUUGCCAGCAAAGCUUCCUUUCAUUGCAACAGCUAAUGCAAAACAGCAGGGUAGCCCUUCUCUGGGCGGAGCAUCAAAUUCUUACAAGUGUACCACUAAUGUGACAGAGGAGAUGCAUUCAGAUCAAGUCAAGUUUGCAUCACUCUUGCCUUCUGGUACAAAUAAUCAAAAGUUCAUUGAAACAGAACCAAUGGUUAACAAGAAUAGAUUUUUGAAAGAAAAUCAACUGUGUGCAGAAUUAGGUUGCAAUAGUGCCUUCCUGACUCAUGGAAAAAAUACACAAUCCUUAGAACAGUCUGAGGAGCCUACAGAAAAAUAUCAUGGUAGUUUAUUGCCAUCCUAUGAAAAUGUGACUGAAAGAAAGAAAAAUGCAGUACUUUGGAGAAAAGCUUUCCAAGAACUGACAAAUACUAGUAUACAAUUUCACACUUCUGUACCUAAAUCCCCCCAAACUUUAGAAGACUCAGCAGCACCACUUAGACGAGGCAGACCCACUAUUUGCUACAAGGAACCCAAUCUUCACAGCAAAUUAAGGAGAGGGGAUCGAUUUACAGAUACACAAUUCCUGAAUUCUCCAGUCUACAAAGUAAAAAAUAAAGGAAAUUUUAAAAGCAAAGCAAAAUUUUAUUGAGGAAGAGAGAAUUGCCUUUAUGGACAAUACUUCUAAAAUUGAAGUACAAUUGUUUAUGUAUAUAUGUAAAUGCUUAGUAAUAUAGAGUGUUUGUUGUUCUUUGAUUAGUAAAGGUCUUUCAUAGUAAAAUUUUCUGGAGAAGAACCUCUAUAAAAGGGGCACAGAAUACUGAGGAAGACAUAUACAUGUUAGGUUCACUCCUGUUUUGCAUUUCUGGUCAGUAAUUUAUAAUCUGUUCAAAUGGUUUUCAGCACUUCUUAAAUUGUUAGAAAAGAUAUGUUUUAAUGAGAAAUAAAAAUAAACCAGCUUUGGGAA